ACUAGGUAUAAAUGUCUGAUCAAGAACCUAGAAGAACAAUAUCAUUAUCUGAUUCGGUUCCUCCGUCGUAAUAUCUCAGCUUCAGGUUAUCUUAAGUGGCGGUGAUGGCGGCAGCUCAUGGACGGGUGGUUCAGAAAACAGAGGAGGAGUGGCGUGCGAUCCUUUCUCCUGAGCAGUUUAGGAUCCUCCGACAAAAAGGCACUGAAAUACCAGGAACCGGAGAAUAUGACAAAUUCUUCGAGGAUGGAAUUUUCAGCUGUGUCGGAUGCAAAACUCCUCUCUAUAAAUCUACUACAAAGUUUGACUCCGGAUGUGGUUGGCCAGCUUUCUUUGAAGGACUCCCUGGUGCCAUUAACCGAGCGCCUGAUCCAGAUGGGAGGAGUACAGAGAUCACUUGUGCAGUAUGCGACGGGCAUUUAGGCCAUGUUACAAAAGGAGAAGGUUAUGAUACUCCUACCGAUGAACGCCACUGCGUUAACAGCGUCUCGAUCAUCUUCAACCCGCAAAAACCACCUGAGGAGGCUGAGGAUUGAUCAUAAAAUAUAGUCAAUCAGAUUGACUGUGUUGUUUAAUAAAUUCUCCGGUUUGCUCAUCAAGUGAAAGAAAUCAGAAAUAAUAAUGUUGAAUCAUCUUUGUCAAAAGAAGAAUAAUAAUAACAUUGGAUCAUUUCUCCUACUA